GCGUAGGUGGAGCCCCUUUCACACCCUUCGAGCCGAAAGCGGCCAGAAUCAAAGGAUCACUUCUCCCCCAAGCUUCGAGCCACUUGAUAUCUACAUUGGCACUAUGGGUCAUCACAAUAUAUUCCGUAUGAAACUUGCUUUCGCCAUUCGAUCCCGGGCAUCAAAUAGCGGCAAUUCAACUGCAUGACCGCAUCACAAGAACGUUCUAGGUUUCCUUUUUUGUCCAUGGGCUAAUGUCAGACUACAACGACUUAUUCGAGGAUCCUCCUGAGUCAAACGGAGGCGAUCCAAAUGUUGUCGCGGACGAUCUAUCUGGUCGAGAUGGACUCAUGGAGUUGAGAAAUUUGCAAGCGGGAGUAACGGAUUACGCUAACCACGUAUUUGACGAAAAUACCUUUGCGUCUUUAAACGAUUCUCCCCUAGAAACCCUUCCGGAACUUGCUCCAGAUGACAGGUUCAUCAAAGAGCUUGAAUUCGUAACGCAGUUGUCGCGUCCUAGUGCAGCUCAGCAGAACUCAGCAGAAAACCAAUCGCUAGAAGCAGACGCCGAGCAGCAGCCUGAACUGGCCAACAAUGGGUCGAGGCAGCAGCUCAAGGUGCCUGAAAUCAAUGUUGAAGAUAUCGAUCAACUGCUUGGUGGGGAGGGCUUGGGUACUAUCGAUGCGUUUGACGUAGACAACAGUCUGGACUUCAGCGAUUUCGAAGGAGACUUUCCCUACCCCGAACAGCCGUCGCAGACAAUAACGACUACCUCCCUCUACCCCCUCAAUUUCCGUCCCGAUCCGUCUUUUUUCUUGAUCAACCCCCGUCAAGAGCCACCAAAGCUCUCAAUCCCCGCUCCCCAUAACUAUUCCGACGACGACUCGGGCCUCUCCGACUACUACCCCGACUCCCGUGCCAUAUCGCCAGUAGAAGAACUAACCGAUGCUAGUGAAAUCGUUCACAAGAAAUCCUACGGAAGGGAACGACCUAAAAGCGAUCCCAAUAAGCCAUGGAUCCGAGUCAGCAGCAAGUCACGCGAGAACGCCCGCGCCGCCCAGUCCAACCAGUAUGACAGCUUACUGCAUUACGGAUAUCCCAGGAAUUCUCUUAAGCUCUGGCUGGGCACCCGGUACACGUUCGACUACGACAACUGGGGUGGACUGCAAAAAGCGUGCUAUCGUCGUGACCAGCUCCGGGAGUUCCUCCUCGAUCAUCCCAUCGCGCCAGACUCGCAUCUUACCCUGUGGAUCCAACUGCAACCCUCUGACUCGGCCAAAAGGUACCCCUCCUCACACAGCUCGCAAUGCCGCUUCGCAGAAUGCCCCGAUCGGCAGAUAGGAUCUAGCAGGAAGCGGCUAUCGAGGGGCGUCAUCUGGCAGGGUCGGGUGAAAGUGGCGUUCGACGAACGGUGGUACAGCCAGAAAAUAGAUGGCGACCCGUUCCUCUGCGCCGGGUUCGUCCACCUCUACUGCAUGGAGCAAUUCCUCGACUUCCCGGAGAUCUGCAGGCACCUAGAUGUCAAGGCCGACGGACGAGAAUUCCUACCGAAGGAGCCGGGCGGUCGGUUCGCGGCGGCGCUACCCGAGAACGUACGGAUCAAGGCGGCGAAUUUUAUUCAGUCGUGUAAAGACGGGACUCUGGUGGGGAUUUAUCCUGAUUAUCCCAAACACGGGGAAUACGAAGCGGGCACCCGGAAGCCGCAUGUGAAGACUCUGACGUAUGCGCUUGUGAAUGCGAAGGUCAACUCGCAGUCCAGGAGCAUGUAUAGGACGAAAAAGAGCCGUGGACUCGAGGGCUCAAAUGAGUUAGUCCAUCUAGGAGACGAGGAUAAGUACUUGUGGGCGAGGAUGGAACGCAAGCAAGCGACGAGUCGAUCAAGAUACGAGCGGCGCAAGCGGAAACAGAAAGAUGCGGGGUCGGACGAGGAGCGUGAAACGCUCAAGCGAUCUCGACGUCGCACCUCGUGUGAUUCUCCUCGCGGCCGCCCGCGAUACCGUACUGACGAGCAACCUCAAUUCCAAAAACCCAAUAAACUCUCUCGAGCCGUCGAUCAUCCUCAAGUCCCCAACCCCUCCCAAGGCUUCUAUUCCGUCGAUCAGCAGCAAGUCCCCGAUCCCUACCACGGCUCCCUCAGUGACACCGAGAUCGCCACGGCGCUGACCUCGUUAAAUGACUCCCUCGGCUCAAACGACGCUGUCCCGCCGCCCGACCUUGUCAAUUUCGGGUAUUUCUCGGACACCGGGCCGCUAUCACCGUCGAUGAAGAAGCCGAAGCUGAACCCCAAGUCGACGUCUAGGAAGACGUUGGCGGACCCUCACCCGGCUGAGGAGGCAAGGGAGGCGUUGAUGAGUCUGCCGGAGGAGUUUCGCCGGGGUUGGUAGGAUCCAAUCAAGGUAAAGUGGGGUGGGAGCUUGGAGGGAUAGAUAUGUAUAUCCUGUUUACAAACCUCAAAUUCAAGCGC